GAAUUGUCUCUUUUGUUUGUGUGCCCGUGAUUAGCUCAAAAGCCCCCUUCCCCCUCAAACAAACCAACCAAACAACUCUGCAUCUUCCACAUCCCAUCUCUUCCAACUCAAUCACACUUUAAACACAUCCCCUCCCUCUCCAAAAACCAAAAACCAACCAAGAACCAACAACCGACCGAUUAACCCACACAUUCCCAAUUCCAAUCAAGAUGUUUGCCGGAGGAGGGGUAGAUGCCGAGUCAGUCUUCUCAUCCGAACGAGGCACUGGAAAACAGCAACACCUACAACGCUCCAAAUCGGCCGUCCAACCAUCCUCAAGUGCUCGACGGCAACACCUCCACUCCAACAAUCCGUUCCUCGAUCCAGUCCAAGCGGCUGCCCGGGUCAGUCUGAUAGAGGAAGAGUUCGGCUGGUCUGGUAGUGUGGGCGGGAUCAGGGGCCGUGAUGACCGACAGAUCGAACGGGAUGUGGAGUAUGAACGAAAGAUGGCCGAGAGAACACGCAAAAGACACGAGCGAAAACUGGCCCGUCAACAGGCUCUCUUAGGCACAUCCACCCCCAACGGAUCCACCACACAGACCCCCUCAACAACAACAACAACGACGACGUCAACAACUGGACUGGCAGGCGGCGAACGGACGACCAGACGGCCGGUGUUUGCCCCCACGGAAGGUGAUCUCAGACGGGUAGACGAACUCACAACGCCCUCGGACCCAAAAGCCAACCCAUCAUCAUCUACUGCCGCAGGAGCCAAUGGCAACUCGAAAUUGAACAGGGGCAAGAGUCUUCGAGACAAAGUGGAAGCAGCCUUAGGCCGAUGGAACUCGACAGCACCCAAGAAGAACGGCCGGUCCCAGAGCGUCUCGGCCAUCGACGUCAACAAGGUCUAUAAUCAUCCCCAUCAGUAUGAGCCUCCGAUGGUCGAGCGCAAGGAAGGCUUCGGCGCACUCGCCCGCAGGAUCUCCAAGAAACUGACCAUCGAGGACCAGGAACGCAGGCGCAGAGAACGGCUCAAGAUGGCCUAUGCCGGUCAGUCUUGCUCUUCCCCCCUUCCACCGUCAGAUCUCUCAAACCAUUUGGCCUCAAACUGA